AUGCCCAGUAUACACUUAAAUGCGGUAUCAGCUGAUCCAUCAAAGUACUGCAGCACACAUGGUUCACCGUUGUGGCUCGAUGUUAUCUCAGUUCCGAACUUCCGAGGAAACACGAUUAUCCAUGAACGGCGCAGUGCAGCACCCCUCACAGCACUAGUUGUCGAUCAUAACUGUCAGAACUAUUGUUUUGAUGUAGGGUUGCUCAUUUUCCAGGGUCUUCGCAACGACUUCCCAAUAAUGCUACUAGGACAGGACAGGCACACGAAGCCAAGGUUCAUUCGCCUUGAUUGCAAGCUUCCAGAGGCGAAGGAGUGGGCCGGUAUCAUAAACAUCCGUCCGUUGGUCCCUUGUGGCUUGCAGAAGGGCGAGGCGCCAUAA